AUGGCGACCGAGUCACGGUUGCCGUCCGCCUCGCCGUCCGGCUCCAGCGCCAGUUCGCCGAGCGUGUGUCUGCGCGACAUUGUGACUCGACGCAACGCUUGGCUCGAACGCGUCGUCGCCGUCAUCGCCGUCGGCGUUGCCAUUGGCGUCGACGUUCGUGUGUUGGGGAGUCGUGUUUUGCCGAGGAGCCAGAGGAGGCCGAGCUCUUCGCAGGCCUCGCAGAGGACGGCCUCGAAGGCGACUCGCUCGGUCGGGGCGAACUGCAACGAGGCCGGGUCGAAUGGCGACGACGGCGACGGCGACGGCGACGGCGACAUGGACGAAUGGUUGAACCAAUCACGUGCUCGCUCGAUCGCCUCCGUCGACGAGCUCCAUGAGAGUGGCGGCGAAUUGACUUGGCGUCGCUGCGCCGGCGGACGCUCUUUCAGCAACACUUGCUGCAUGCUCCAGUCGCGUAGGGGACGCAGCACCCUGACUCCACCAACUAGGCCUCCAUGCGGCGAGUGCGCCGGAACAGAGUGGCUUCAAUGCAUCUUUCAAACCGGCUGCUGGCGAUCAAUACGGCAGAGGCAUGAUCGAGAUCAAGAUUGUCAUCUUGAUCUCGAUCAAGCCUUACCCGAUCCAGACCGGCGAGCCGCUUCAUCGCAACAAAAGUCUUGA